ACCCACGGAUACCGGCAGCCGGCGGACACACGGACGCGGAGACCCGGGCUCGGCGCGCGCUGCUGAGCGCACACGCUCCCCGUCCUCGGGCGGCUCGGGGCGCGCAGUCUGCCCCGGGCCGACCCGCAGCCCGCGGCCCCGCGGCGAGGCCCCGCUGUGAGCAGCCUGUAGAUUCCUGGGGCUGAACAGCAGCUGCUGUGAGUGAGAGGCGGGCAGCACUGGCCUGAGCCUCCUUCUGGGCUGAGAAGCAUCAUGGCCAGUGUCAUACAGGCCUCCCUGGCUGCCCUCCUUCUGCUGCCUAUGGCUACCGCCAUGCACUCUGACUGCAUCUUCAAGAAGGGACAAGCCAUGUGCCUGGAGAAGAUCCAGAGGGCCAACGAGCUGAUGGGCUUGAAUGACUCCUCCCCAGGCUGCCCUGGGAUGUGGGACAACAUCACAUGUUGGAAGCCUGCCCACGUGGGUGAGAUGGUCCUCGUCAGCUGCCCUGAGCUCUUCCGAAUCUUCAACCCAGACCAAGUCUGGGAGACGGAAACCAUCGGAGAGUUCGGAUUUGCUGACAGUAACUCCUUGGAUCCCUCAGGCAUGAGGGUGGUGAGCCGGAACUGCACAGAGGAUGGAUGGUCGGAGCCGUUCCCUCAUUAUUUCGACGCUUGUGGGUUUGAUGAGUACGAGUCUGAGACCGGGGACCAGGAUUAUUACUACCUGUCGGUGAAGGCCCUGUACACGGUUGGCUACAGCACGUCCCUCGUCACCCUCACCACUGCCAUGGUCAUCCUGUGUCGUUUCCGGAAGCUGCACUGCACCCGAAACUUCAUCCACAUGAACCUCUUUGCGUCGUUCAUGCUGAGGGCCAUCUCCGUCUUCAUCAAAGACUGGAUCCUCUACGCUGAGCAGGACGGCAACCACUGCUUCAUCUCCACUGUGGAAUGCAAGGCUGUGAUGGUUUUCUUCCACUACUGUGUCGUAUCCAACUACUUCUGGCUGUUCAUUGAGGGCCUGUACCUCUUCACGCUGCUGGUGGAGACCUUCUUCCCCGAGAGGAGAUACUUCUACUGGUACAUCCUCAUUGGCUGGGGGACCCCAACUGUGUGUGUGUCCGUGUGGGCUGUGCUGAGGCUCUACUUCGAUGACACAGGCUGCUGGGAUAUGAAUGACAACACGGCUCUGUGGUGGGUGAUCAAAGCCCCUGUGGUUGGCUCCAUAAUGGUUAACUUUGUGCUCUUCGUCGGCAUCAUUGUCAUCCUCGUGCAGAAACUUCAGUCUCCAGACAUGGGAGGCAAUGAGUCCAGCAUCUACUUCAGCUGCGUGCAGAAAUGCUACUGCAGGCCACAGCGGGCUCAGCAGCACCCUUGCAAGAUGUCAGAACUGUCCACCAUUACUCUACGGCUCGCCCGGUCCACCCUGCUGCUCAUCCCACUAUUUGGAAUCCACUACACGGUCUUUGCUUUCUCCCCAGAGGACGUCAGCAAGAGGGAGAGACUUGUGUUUGAGCUGGGGCUGGGCUCCUUCCAGGGCUUUGUGGUGGCUGUUCUCUACUGUUUUCUGAAUGGGGAGGUGCAGGCGGAGAUCAAGCGGAAGUGGCGGAGCUGGAAGGUGAACCGCUACUUCACCAUGGACUUCAAGCAUCGGCACCCGUCCCUGGCCAGCAGCGGGGUGAACGGGGGCACCCAGCUCUCCAUCCUGAGCAAAAGCAGCUCCCAGAUCCGCAUGUCUGGCCUCCCGGCCGACAACCUGGCCACCUGAGCCCACCCUGCCCCCUCCUCUCCUCGGAACAGCGGCUGGGGCUCCGGUGGGUGGGCGCCGGCCCACGCGUGCUAUGCCUCUUCUCUCCCUUCGGGCUGGCCCUGGGCUGGGAGCCCAGCUCCCCGAGGUGGGAGAAGGAUGCAGGGCGCAGACGGGUAUUUCCCCUCCCCGUUUUGGCGCUGGCCCCGCCCACCGUGGGCCCCUGGGCGUUGACCCCAGACAUGUAAAUACUCCUUAAUUUGGGGAAAGUCGUCCCAUCCCUCCCCCUCUACCUUGUGUCCCUGCUCACCUCAGGCAGGUCCCCAGCUCCACCCGACCCCGUCCCCACCAGCCUCAGUGAUCGCCUGACCCUGUGUGGGAGGCCUUGUGAGCUGAGGCUGGUGACCUUGCUUUGGUGGAUUCGGGGUGGGCCCUGCCUGACAGCCCCCCUGCAGUGUCUGACUCUUUGAGUCUGCUCGCCACCCCGUGGCUCUUUUCAGGCCUGGCCCAGUCCCUGAGGCUGCCAGAGGUCCAGCGUGGAGUGCUUUUUGGUGCAGGCGAGACCCAUGCUCACCCAACAUCUUGGUAUCCAGGUGCCCAGUUCCUGGGUAUCAGACAGUGGGAAAGCUCCAGGGCUCUUCCAGUCAGAGUCUUCAGUUUGGAUGUGGGGCUAAGGCCAGAGAAAGUUCUGGUGCUUUUCAUUUGGCCCAAGAAAAAUUGCCAGGAGCCAGAAAAGUGGAUGUGAUUGGAAUGGAGAUGCAAAGAGUGUGGAGGGACCCAUGGAAGAAGACCUCCACCACCUCCAUUAUCUUACCCCUGACUCAAGGUAGGCGGGGGUUCAUCUGGUAGCUUCCCUUCUGUGCCUCCUGUCCCCAGGCAUCAGUUGCAGAACAUUGAGAGAUGGAUGCCUCAGAGAAACUCUUCCCCAACUACACUCACCAUAUAGAGCCCCUAAGCCCUCCCCCUUCCCCUCGAAGUCAAAGCCAUGACUGGGAUGAACCAGCCACCUUUCUGUGACAUCAGUGAAUCGCGAAGCACCUUACACCUCCACGUGCCCAGGGCCCAGGGCUCCCCUUCAUCGCCCCCCCACCGCCCCGGACCACGAGGAGCCUCCGUCACCAGCUUUCUCUGGCUUGGGCUCAGCUAAUGAAAUCGGAGACCUCUGCAAAGACUUCCCUCUGUGCGCUUUAGACGUGGAGUCAGCACGGAUGCCAGGGUGUCGUAGGGUUUGGGAGGGGAAGCCACACCUGCCAUGCUUGUUAGCAGGGGCUGCUGAUGGGAGGAGUGGCUGCACCCAAACUCCUGUCCUGGCUGCCCAGCCACAAGUUACCAGACCACACCCUAAGAAUUUAAACUGGGGCAGAAGCAGGUUCAGGACAGGUGGAGGAAAGUGCUAGAAUGCAGUGGCCAUGUGCGGGGCCCGCCUCAUUUGUGUCAGCUUGUGGUGUUUCUGUCCAAGUGUGUGUGUGGGCUUGCUUCACGGGCACGUUCUGGAACACUUGGAGAGUUUGGGAGGAUGGGGAAUGUUGCUUUGCUUGGUUUUAUAAAGAGGAAGAGGCCCGGGGGACGAAGGGACGUGUUCCUGGAGAGGCCGUCGAAGUGGCUGGAGAAGGGCCUAGUGCUUGGUUUACAGAUAAGCUCCAUGUCCAGGGAAGCACUGUGGACCCUGGGUCUUGGCUAAGCCAGAGGAGGGCAGGGCCUGCUUUCCCUGCUCCAGGCACACACGGCGGCUCAGGCUGGCCAUGGAGUGUGUGGCGGCCUUCCCCCCCUAUACCUACCUGCCUCAUGAUCUCCUUCCCUCUGUCUGGGAGCCACGUGUGUUACCUGAGGGGGUGUCCACCCCCUCAGGUAGCACACGUGGCUUGCAUCUGAAGUCCUUGCAUUUGAGGUCCUGUUGGGAGACCUGAGUUGCUUGGAAGGACUCACAGGCUUGGAUUCAGAGACACACAGUCUGCCCCAGCUGGGCUCAGACUGCUGAGCUAGUGGACACAGUGAUCCCUGUUCUGGGCCUCAGUUUCCCCAUUCGUGACAUGAGGCGACUUCUAGUGCUUCUCCAGGCUCUGUGCUUCAGUAAUUCUCCAGUUCAAAGCCAGGGCGGGUAAAAGGGCACCAUUGUUAUGUGUAUCGUCUACGGUUCUGAAACGUCUGUGUUUGUGUAUGAGUGGAGGGAGGUUGGAUGCUGUGUAUUCUCCCUUUCUUAGAAAUGGGACAUCUGUCUCUUCCAUUUGGACACCACAGUGAGAGGGAAGGCUCAGGCCAGGGACAGCUGGACAGGGCAUGAUAUGCAGACCCAGCUGUGUCCCGGCUGGGGCAGGGUGCCACGUCUGGGUGGGCAAUGGCUACCCCCAGAUCCUAGGAGCGGUACCCUGAGUUUGGACCCUGUUUCUUCAUCCUCGCCCCCACCAGCAGGUCUGCUUCACUGUGGAAGAAGAGGGUUUGAUCUUAUACAUAUAUCAUCACAAAAUAGCAAAAGCAAAAUCUACCCCGAAUCCCCAUGCCGUGCUGCCCCCUGAGCUGUGGGCCUGCAUCCUCGUAGAGGUUCCAGGUUCCUGUUGGUUGCUUUUUGUCUCUGAACAAAUUAUUGCCAGCCUUGUGAGCAGAUGCGCCCGAUGUAUUUUGAAUUCUCCAGGAGGUCAGGCAGCUGUUCUUCAGGGUCACAGGCAGUGGGGGGACAGUAUAAGGUCUGGGUACCACCCUUCCCUCUCUGACCUGCUUUUUCAAACCUGUAAAAUGGGCAAUAAGACUAGCUAGCUUUUAUAGCCCACUGUAUCUCGGAGAUUCUCGUCUAGACAUCAGCUGUCUCCUGGGAAUGGGCUCCAGGCAAGGAUUGCAGUAUUCACCUGGACCAGGAACAGGUAGGAAAUCAUGCUGAGUGAGGAGGGGCCGAAGGGCCUUGGGAACGGUUGGGCUGGAGAGGAGCAGAGUUAUCUGACUCCGUGUCUCUAGAAAGGGGUUGUUUUUGUGCUGUGCAGUCCUAAGGGACAGAACUCACCCAAGGGAGGCAGAGUGUUCCUUGGGAUGAAGAAAUCUCUCAUCCUCUGUCAUGACUGUGCUGUCAAGCAGUAUCAAGAGAGAGACUCUAGCCCUGGGGAAAAUGGGACUCCAAGUCAAAGAUGCUGAGCCUGUCAGGGAAACCGUGAGGGGUCAGAGUGUGGAAAUCGGGGUUCAGGGGCUCUCUGGCGGUCCCCAGCACGACAGACUUCAUGACUUCCCACCAUGCCUGAGGCCAGGCCAUGUUCUCUGUCUCAGUGGGCAGCUCCGUGACCCUCCUUGACAUAUCCAGGGGCCUGCAGUGAUUCCUUCUCUAACCCACACCCCUCCCUGAACCGGCUUCUCUAGGGCAUAGGGCCAGAGAGCUGGAGCUGGGGCCCGAGCCUUGAAGUACCCUCAAGUCCGUUAUCACCCACCUCCUUCAUCUGACCCUCUCCCUUCCCGGAAGGAAAGCUACAAGAGGCUUCUUUGUAAUUCUGUGAGUACCCUUGAUCCACUCAAGGCCACUUCAGAGUAAAAGCAGGGAGUGCUUUGUCAUCAUAAGUUCCUACUUGGGCCCAGUGACCAUGGAUGCCUCUGGAAGAGCCCUGAGCAGGGAGCAGGGGACCUGGGCGUCUUCCAGUUUUGCCACUGACCUGUUGUUUGGCCUGGACUCCUUCAUGUAUCUUUGGGGAAACUCACAAAGUACUAGAGCUGGGAGGAAACUUGGAGAUCUGCAGGUCAAACCUCCCCAUCGGGCUGAUGAGAAGACGCAGACAGGUGGGCUUAGCACAGUGCCUGCACCAUCUGGCGACCCAGGAUGCUUUACAAACCUGAAUGGGGAAAUGGCCUGCCAAUAUGUGCCCCCCUGCACGUGAGCCAGAACAAGACACCCAGUAAAGCUUCCGACCAGAAAAUAUUCAGCCUUGCGCAGGAGAAGGGCUCUGGUUACGGAGGUUGUCAGGACUCCAGACUGCAGGAGGGACAGUGGAGUCGGUGUGGUGAGGGGAGACCUGCGUUCUAGCCUCACUUGACCACCUGCUCUGUGCUCCAAGGCACAGGCACUCUCUGGGCCUCUGCUUCCUAAUCUGAGAAAUGGGUGGACAUGAUUUUCAGUCUGGCCCCCGGGUCAGGGGCAAGGUUGAGGUGAGAUGCCCUUGCAUAUGGAAGGGCUUUGGAAACUACACAGGUGUGAGCUGUUUACUGGGGUGAAGACCUCUGAAAGGGGGACCCCAUGCUGUUUGUCAACUGCUUUGAGCCCUCCUGGGUUAACCUUUGCCCCAUUUGCAAAACCACCAGCACUGGGGGGUGGAGGGGGAGGCCAGUGGGCUCUGACGGACACAGAAUUCCACGUUUAUUCCCAUUAGUUGGGCGUUUGUUCUUUGGAUAGAAUGAGGAGACUUCCACGUGGGUGAUGUUAGUGUUUCCAUGCCACCCCCAUGGGAAUCCUUCAAGAAUCUGGGACAUCCCUCAAGGGCUGUGUGCUCAUUUUUCUCCUUUUCCUGAACUCAAUGUCCUGGGAUGUGUCUGUGCUUGGCCAUGUGUGUCUUGUCUUAUGUCUGUCUUCUGUAGCUUUGCCCCUGUGAGGGCUGGAGUGGGGACGCCCCUGGCAUCCCAGACGUGGUCCAGGCUCGCUGUGGGAGCCAGGCCCACCUGGGUCUCAUCUCCCACGAUAAAGAUAAGCCCCACAGACCUCACUGCUACCGCUGUGCUCACAACCUUGUCCGGGAUUUUAAGAAUGUCAAACUGCUAUAGAUGAUUCAAUAAAUGUCUUAUCAUUUUUUC